GUUCCAGGAAACCAAUUACAUCCUACAAUCUGAAGGCUGUCACCAAUGAUGUGGCUGAGGUAGAAAACAGAACAAUUAUUUUUACAAUUGCAAAUUCCCCCAAACUUGGAAGACUGAUAUAUGUAUUUUCUGAAAAUAACAUACAGGAUAUUUCAAGUUUUACACAAUCUAUGGUGGAUAAAGGAUUGGUCAUCUACGAGCAUUCAGACAAACAAUCAGUUGAUUGGAGUACACAAGAUUAUUUUACAUUUACGGUCUCUUCUCCACCAGCUGCUCUGGGACCGCAGAUGUUCCGUAUUAAUAUAUCCUAUGAAAUUAGAGCACAUAAUCAGAGCAGUCAGCUAUUUGCCAACAAAGGUGUUGUUGUCCGGGAAGGUGGCAAAGUUUUAAUUGACAAAACUAAGCUGGAUGGCUCAAACCUACUCUCUAAAUUACCCCAGACACAGCGUUCUUCAUUUGAAGUGUGGUAUGAAGUCAUAGCAUUGCCUCAACAUGGCAGAAUUGUUGUGGGAGAACGAAAUAUUACUAGAGACAAGCCCUAUUUCUCCCAGUAUAUCAUUAACAAAUUUGGAAUAUUCUAUGUUCACGAUGACUCUGAAUCACUCACCGAUUACUUUACCUUUGCUGUGUGGCUAAAUGAGAAAAGCAAGUCCACUGUGAAACCCAACGUUGAUGUUUUAGAAGAGGCAUUUAAUAUUACUGUUGUACCAGUGAAUGACCAGGUUCCAAAACUGAAGUCAAAACUGCUGUGUUUGAAUGUUUUGCAAGGCGAUCGAACGGUUCUAGGACAAGAUAACCUAAAUGUUGAAGAUUUGGAUAACUCACCAGAAGAGAUUAAAUAUACCAUAAUAACUGAUCCCCAAAAUGGACAUUUAGCACUGUGGACUCAUUUGAAUGAGUCUAUCAAAAAUUUCACACAAGCUGAUAUCAAUGAUGGUAUUGUUUGGUUUGUACAAGAUGGGAGCCCUUUCUCGGGGGUUUUCUAUUUUAGUGUGACCGAUGGGCAGCACCGUCCACAGUAUAAACUCUUUCAGCUUGACGUGAUACUGGUGUCCAUCACAUUGAUUAAUUUAACAGAAGUGCUUCUUCCCCAGGGACAGGACAGAGUUGCUAUUACAAAUGUCCACCUUUCGGCCACAACAAAUGGGAAGAACUCUGAAAUCAGGUUUGAAGUCACAAAGCCUUUUAGAUAUGGGAAUCUUCUGAUUGAGAAUGAGCAGGUGACUACAUUUCACCAAAGAGAUAUACAUAAAGCAAGACUGUUGUACUGCAUGGCAGACUUCACUGCUUUUGGUGAUACGUUAGAAUUUGCUGUAUUCACAUCAGACAGUAAUCUAACAGGACAAGUUCUGAAGAUCUUAGUACAACCUCUUUUGCAAAUGGCCCUUAAUGUGACAAUUCCCAACAGGAUGUCUUACCAGCUCGAGACACGUCAUUUGGAUGCUACACGGUUAGCCAACAUGACAAAAAGCAAUCCACAGUUUGAAGUCCUAAUGUCACCAGUUUAUGGAAGUCUUUCAAGGAAGUCAUUGAGUAACGCUGAAAGUGAGAACCUGGUUCUCUUCACAAAAAGGGACAUUGACAUGGGUGUUGUUUUCCUUGAAACCAGUGCUAAUAUGACAAAUACUGAUGUAUUAAAUGAUUCCUUUUCCUUUAUACUUAGAGCAGACAAUGUUCAGCCUGCCAUUGGUGAGUUCCACUUUGUCAUAGUGCAACAGGAUCCUUCACCGGCUCAGGCGUUUACUCCAGAAGUGCCCCUUUUAACUACUGCUGACAUUUUAGAAACUUAUGUUAUAGAAAAUGAACAUCUGUUUAUUCCAAAGCAUGGUACACACACCGAUAUACCAGCACAGACUUUUAGGCCUAACCAAAACCAUUGGGAGCAUCAGAAAGAUAGACAGUAUGAUGAAGAUAAUACUAGAAGCAUAUCUCUUUGGGCUGUGACCACAAUAAAAACACAGUCUGAAAGCACCUGGCUUCAAACAUUGAGCAGCAGGAACUGGUUGAUCAUCAUCGUACCCCUUUCUUCUGUGACUGGUUUAUUCAUUAUAAUUGCCAUUGUUCUUUGUAUCUUCUUAAUGUGCCGUAGAUCAAAGAGGGCAAAACCUCUUAUUUUAGAACAGCCACCAGUAAUUCACAACAGUUCAAGCUUUUCUGCAGAGAGGAGCUCAACAAUACCUACUGUCACAGUGACCCCUCUCUUAAAAAGCACCGACAAAACAUCGGUUUUACCAUUCAUGUCCCUCCAGCGGGAACAGUCUCAUCCAAUGCCAGCUACUCCAGAACCAGCUGUAAGUCUUCUGCAAAGCAACUGGUCCAGCCUUGACCCAGAAAUUAUUCAGCACUGUCGAAAAACGCACCCAACAUUGAAAUGCAAUCAAUACUGGGUAUAA